AUGUCUGGAAGAGGAAAAACCGGCAAGGCUCGUGCAAAGGCCAAGACCCGAAGCUCCAGGGCUGGUCUCCAGUUCCCUGUCGGUCGAGUCCAUCGUCUUCUGCGCAAAGGUAACUACGCCGAGCGUGUAGGCGCCGGGGCUCCAGUGUACCUAGCAGCCGUGUUGGAGUAUCUCACCGCUGAAAUCCUCGAGUUGGCCGGAAACGCCGCCCGGGAUAACAAGAAGACUCGCAUCAUCCCUCGCCACCUUCAGCUAGCGGUUCGCAACGACGAGGAGCUAAACAAACUUCUCGGUGGGGUCACCAUUGCCCAGGGUGGUGUCCUGCCCAACAUCCAGGCCGUCUUGCUUCCCAAGAAAACUGGACAGGCUGCCCCGAGUGGCGGCAAGGGGGGAAAGAAGCCUUCUUCCCAAUCCCAGGAAUAUUAG